GCUUCAGUUUGCUCGCGCUACCCGCGCAGCUCACUCGCGUGUGUAUUAUACUCGUGUCGUGAUAAUAAAAACCAACUUGCCGACUCGAAUUUGGAACGUUUUCGACCGGUAAUGUGUCGGUUUAACUGUCGCUUUUAAACGGCGAACGCUUCUGGUGACCGCAUGAAUUUCGCAUUGCGAAUCGAAUGUGCGAUUGCUCCAUACUGUUACGCUAGUGUUAACAGAUAACUGUGAAGAAACGCGUGUAGGCCUUCAGUGUUGUGCACUCAGCAGAUUUAGUGCUUUAUCUGUGCAGUGGAGUUGAAGUGUUUCGUGUUAAGUGCUAUUUUUCCUGUUUGAUAGCAGACUUGUGAUUAUGUUUCACUGAACUCGAGACAAAAAGUUGUUUUGUGAUCGAGUUUAUGUGACUACCGGAGUAUUGAUAUGUGCUUUCCCCUUGUCCACAAUUUGAUUUAUGGACGAGCUCGGCAAAGAUCAACGCGCGAACAGACAGGGCAAACGGAAUCAAACUCCAAAAUGUGACCACCGACAUAGUGACCAAAACAAACGCACGCUUCAAAUUCAUGAAUCUUUCCUCAAGAUUACAUGAUUAACACAUUAUUUAUUGUACUUGUAACUUUAAAUAUAAACGAAUCUAGUCGCCAUAGCACUUUUUAAACACGAAGCAAUAUAGCAUAUAACACUAAAUGAAUAGAGUUGAAAUCGUCACAUUCAUUUUUGACGCAGUACAAAGAUUAAAGAAUUUGAUGAGAGAGUACAAACGACUGACCGGAACGCUAACAUCGAUUUAUAACUAAAUUGAUUUCAUUAGAAGUUCCUACACAGAAAAGUGUCAAGAAAUCAAAAUGUCUACUAGUUUUGAACACUCCGCCAUGAAGAGUAGCUUCUCGUUGUCUUCAUUGAGAAGCGCGCCCGCUCCACCUGGCGGCUGCUCCGAUCAACACGAGCGGCCGUAUCACAGCCUCACUAAAAAGAGAAAGGAGCCAUGCCGCGAGGUAUGGCGCCGGAGCUGGGGGUCGGCAGCCAGUGGUGGCAGCGCUGGCGACGAUCUGUGGCCGCUGCUGCAGCAUCAUUAUGAUUACAUCAUGGACAACCAGAUCAUAGACACAUGCAAGGAAGCAAACGGUGAAUUGUUGUCACACAAUUCAUCCGCUUUGCACAACGGGCCGUGUCUACUGAACCCUACAGCUGGGUUUAAUCGGCAGUGGUCACUCAACCAGCUGAUCGCCGAGUUCAAAGAACUCUGCCAGUGGCUCACACACGUUCAAGAGGAGAUUUAUUCUAGUCCAGAAAAUCUGUCAAGCAGGAAAUUGAGGAUGAACCGCAUGUCAGAGUUGGGGGCGGUAGAGCCACGCCGCGCGAAAUUCAUGGAGCAAGGUGCUGCCAUAUUGGAGCGUAUACCAGAAGCGAGUGCCGAGGUCACUUGGCGAAUGGAACAUUUGAAAGUAAAGUGGGAUGGCCUCCGGUUGCUGCUAAGUCCUGAACAGCAGCAUAAGGAUGAAGAUGGUUCUGAUACUGUCGAUACAGCUCAUGAGCUUCGUUGCCUCCGCCGCUGGCUUCACUGCAUGGAAGGUCGGUUGCCGCCGCCUUCGCUCACCGCAGCCAGGGCCGCAUCGUACCACGAGCUCAUGCGGAAACUGAGAGAGCAUCAGGUAUUGCAACGCGACGUGGAAUGCCACGGUCGGAUCGUGAGUUCGGUGGUGCGUCUCUGCAACGGUGGCGACGUAGCGCGCGCGCUAGAACGACGCUGGCAUCUCCUCUACCUGCGAGCCAUCGAGUGGCAGUGCCAUCUAGAGGCGUGCCUUGCUAAGAUCAAUAAUCAGGGUGUGGCGUCAGUGGAAGCCGCAAGCGACAGUGACGACGAGCCCGCCCUCAAACAGCCGAGACUCAGCCGCGGCUCACCAAGGCUUAGCCGGGGCUCACCGAGGCGACAAAGAACACCGGUCAAUGCGCCGCGACGCCGCAGGGAACUAUCGGUUGAUAGCAGACAGUCCGCCUCUGAGGAGGAACAAGAAUAUGUGCUAACGUACACUUGGCGCGGUUUCGGAUCGGACUGCGAAUCGGAACUCGUGAGAAUCCCAAAUAAUAAAAUGGCGGACGAGCGACGAGUGCCCGGCGCAUGCGACGACGUCGGCACCAGACCCACCGACCAGACUGUGCCGGUCACAGUAGACCAGAUUGAUGGCUUAGACGUACACACCGCGGCGACAGAAGAGAAAAUGAAGACUCCACCAACAGUUAUAAAAAGGAAAAAACCAGUUGACACUUCGAAGUUCAAUCAAUCUGAUCGCAAGUCCAAGAAUUGUGCCACUUUCUACUUCAAACACCACGACACAGACUCCGAUAGACAAAUGAUUGAAACUGAUGAGAAGUCGCAAGAAGAGUCAUCAGAAGAGGAAUGGACGUACGUCGGUGGGACCAAGAUAGCAAAUGAAGACUCGACCGAUAUAAUGACGUCAUCUGUAGAAAUUCAGUGUGAAUUGCCUUGCGAGGAAAAGAAAGAACGACAACCAUCACCCAAGCCGAAACUUGAGUCGUCUACACCUGACCUUCUAAAACUCGACCAGGCUAGAUGUAAGGAUAUCGAGAGAUUAGUAAUACAAGCGGAGGAAUUGGUUCAGAAACAAGCUCAGCACAUGGCGAAAAAGAAGGGAUCAAGGAGCUUUAAGCCGUUGAUGUUCGAGGAAGAUGGAAAGAAUGUGAACAGAACAAAGAUGUCUCGAAUUAAAGAAUGGUUAAAUCAGAGUUCGGAUGGGAAGAACGAUAAUAAUCAGUGUACAGAGAGCUACGACGCGUCCGGUGAGUAUACAACAGAGAGCGAAGUCGACACCUCACUUACUUCCGAAGAAAGAAACCUGCACUCUUCAAUGGAUAUGAGCACAUCUACCUGUACGGUCACCCCAACACACCAUGCCAAGGUGCAACUACGCAAGAAACGGGGCGGCAACAGUGCGCGGCCGUGGUCCGUUUCGUGUUUGUCGCAGCUGAGCGGCAACGGCGCAUCGCUUGUCGCAACUCCCACCGCCGGCGACGUCGCCGCUAUGUCGCACAACAUGUCUAUAUCAGAAUCCGCUUUGAACACUCUCGCAUCGCCUCAAAGGGUCACACCGGCUAACUCUAACUCGAAACUCCGUGGAAGUUCUACUACUGUACAGGGCCACGUCUCUAGCACAAACACGAUGACGGAAGCUUGCACGUCGUGCGUCGAAACCAACGACAAACAGUGUUGGCUACGUCGAAAGCGAUUGAAACUACGACGCCAUAACACUACAGCAAUCAGGAGAGAAAAACUGGUCAAGUCACUCUCUUUUUGCGGAAGACUCAGCCCUGAGAUUGAGUAUAAGAAUGAAAGGAGUGCCGCUAGUGACCCAGCUACCAGUAGGAAGAGUCGAUUUGAUACAACAUCAACAUCCGGCAACGACAGUGACGAAGAACUAAUACGACAACAAUUGGCGACCAUUGCAAACCUCCGUAAGAGCAUAGAGAAGACGCAUAUAUCGAGUAGAGAACCAGAAAGUGCCAUUCCAGAACAGACAGAGCCUGAGACUCUACCUAGCUUCAAGCUGGGUCCAGCUGGUGGUGAAGUGAGAACUAGGCUAGCAAGGAGCAUAGACAGGGAGCGGUCCUUCCUCGCUUUGAGUUUAGGAGAUCCCAGUGAUUUAUGGGAUCUAAGUAUGGACAAAGAUUCUGAUAUAGACAAGAGUGUGACGGCAGGCACGGAAGAACACAGCUCAUUUUCAGAACAAGCGUGGGACUUUUAUCAGGAGAAAUAUAAUUCUGAACCGUAUUCCGAGGCGCCGGACUCGGACGCAGCGCGGCGGUUGCUCGAAUUCGGCGACGAUUACAGAGCAUUCCUCGACUCGCAAUCCGAUUGCUGUUCAAGCCUAUCGGCACAGCCCGAGAACGACUUGAGUCCUAGCGGUACCCGUCGUCGACGCCCGCCCUCUGACGUCUCCAGAGAACGAAGCUUGCCUCGCUACAAACGGCCAACAAGGUCAUCCCCCGUCGAAACCCCAUCGAGAAAACCCAAAAAGUCUAUGUCCAGUGCCGAACGCAAGAAGUCCUUACUUGAUAGUUUAGAAAGAUCCAGGAACAACACAAGUAUCGAGAGCAACGAUGGCGUUCGCAGACGUAGACCAUCAGAGAGUGAACGAAAGAAUAGCAAACGGUCACCGGAAUUCGACUUGCUCAACGUCCAAGCUCUAAGCCGUAGGCGUCCCAGCUCAAACUUGACUAGCGAUGAAGUGAACAGCUCCUUGGAGUAUACUGAUGUAAAUAAUCGCCCAGAUAUCUUGGACUCGCUGAACAGAAGGCGAAGAACUGAAAAAGACGGCGAGACGGAACUUCAAAAGGUCGCGUUGUCGGAAUUGCGACGGCGUUCGACCGAAAGCGCGGACUCGGAAGACGAGUCGUCGAGUCCUAAGAAGCACAGUCGACGAAACUGGGACGGAGAUUCGGAUUCGGAGUCGGAGGAAGUGCGAUCGCUGGUCAGGCGCUCGAGUUCGCAGCUGGAAGCGGCGGAGGCGGUGAUGGCUCGGCAGGACAGUUCCCCUGACCUUCUCCGGGCCUUCGACUACACGGAGAUAGUAACGCGAUGCCGUGAAAAUAUCAACCUUCUGGACGCGGCCUUAGCCGGUGGGUCUCUGUCGGCCUCGUUACAAAGAGAUAUCAGAGCUGUAUCGGCACGAUGGUCAGCGCUGCGAGCAGCCGCUACAAGGCGCGGCGGCGCCCGACGCCUACGCCGCGAGAUGGCAGCCCUACACGAGAAUCUCGACGACGUCUGCGAACCGGGUGAAUGUGCUCCUCAGCCGCACACCAGGGCGCAACUAACGAGACGGAUCGAGGAACUGAAGGAACGUUUGUCGCGCCUUCUAGAAUGCAAAGUGUCCAUGUUGAAGCUGACGGUAUCUGUGCGCCGAGCUCUCGGCGAGAUGGAGUCAGAUGACAGCGGGCUGGCUACGGAAUUGUCUGCGCUUUUGGCCCGAUGGGAGGAUGCGCAUCAGCGCACUUCAAAUGAGCUGCUCUCACUUGAGAAGGCAGUUUGCGUCUGGGCUGAAUGGGAGAACGCAUUCCGUGAGCUGCAGGGUGCUUUGAGGGGCGACCUCGCCACAUUGGAAGCGUUGCGCGACCGUGGCGCCGCCGUAGGCGACCAGACUGAAGUAGCCGCUCAGAUUCGGCAGCUCGCUGCGUCGCUUGUAGAGAAAAAGAAAGGAGGGUCCACAUGCGACUCGUUGUCGGACUCCGGCAUCUCCGACGGCGACAGCGAAGGCGCGGGCGGUCGCGCUCGUCGGCUCAACGCGCUGCGGGAGCUCGCCCGCCGUCUGCAAGCGGCCUUAGCUCCUAACUCGCCAGCGCACAAAGCUAUUGCUAAGCGUAUGGAACAAACUGAAAAUGAGGUCCGUAUAUUGCAAGAGUCAUGUCGCGCGUUAGUAGAACAAAGCAUUCCUGAUCUGAAAAUCGAUGAAGAAACCAGGGAGCACAAUGUAAGUACUGUGGCUGGGGGCAAAACAGGUGCUGGCGAUCCGGACUACAGUCCUCGAGGAGGGUGGGUGUGGCGUGUUCUUCGCUCCUCUCUGCCCAUUCAACUGUGUCUUGUAGCUUUAUUACUAGCCGCUUGGCUGGUGGAGCGGCCGAGGUGUUGCGAUGCCUUGAACUCUCUUGCUCAAACCCUCACUCCGCAACUCCGUUAUGUACGGGGACCGCCACCAGUCUGAACACGUCAUUACAUCGAUCGUGUAUUUCGUGGAAAUUGGCUAUUUGAUUAGCUAUAAUACAUUGUUCUUUUGAAGAUUGCUUUCAAAGAUGUUUUCUAGAUCUGGAAAAGGAUUACUAGCAAAUUGCAGUGGCGAAUUGAGUGCAAUAUGGCCAUUGUGUUAUUACUACUUAUGAUUGAUAAUUGUUUGACUUGGCAAAUGGGCAUAUUUAAGCUCACGAUCCUACAUAUUGUAGUUUAUUCGAUUUUGAGUUUACGUGGUGUGUACGUCACUAUACGUGGAUGAUGCAGUUUUGCUUAGGCAUUAUAUUAUUAUAUUUUACUAACUCUCGAAUUGACAUAAAAAUGAGACGUGAAUGUAACUCGUAUAAAUAAUGAUGACGAGGUUAAAAUUUUUUACUAACGUACUAUAAAAUAAGUAGAAAAAAAAAAUUAAAGAAAUUAUUAACAAUGGAGAAGAAGCGAAUGGAGUUAAUUUUGAGAAUGUCGCUUCAGUAGACGGAUGUGAUGUUUAAACGAGAAAAUCUUACCAUAAACAAUAACAACAUAAUCGAAUUUGAUUUAGUAUCAGACUUUUAUUAUUAGAUACCCCUUAUUGCUCAUAGCAAAUAAAGUUCAAAUAAACAAAAGUGUUCUAAAAAAUAAUCAUCUGUAUCAGAUGAAGUGCAAAAUAGUUAGUACGCAUUACUUAGUAUUAAUUAAUGUACUAACAUUGACAAACAAUAAGUUUGUGCAUAGAAUAGAAGCAUGCCUAUUUUAGUACAAGUAUUUAAUAGGUAAAGGAGGAUGAGAGUGCGCUGAGUAUGAGAGAUGUCCUUGUAAUACCUUGUGUAUGUUUUACUUCAACUACACCUACUAAAUAGGUUUUAUUUCAUAAGUUACAACAUUUUAAAUUGUGUAUCUACAAACAUAUCAUGUGUAUUCAUAAAUGAUACAUUUUUCAUCGAACAUAGACUAUAGAACCAUGUGGAGUCUCUAUGGUUGAUAUCAAAUAUAUCAAUUCCAAAUAGUUCCAAAUACUGUUGUGGCCUUAUGAUAAUCAUCAAAGACUGAUAAAUUAGUAAAUGUGUUUCAAUAUAAACUAACAGCUCCUAAAACUUAGUGUAACUUUGAUGUCAAAUCUAUACUGAAGUCGCCAAAUAAAUAAUACAAUUUUAAUUCCAAAUAUUUUUUUUAUCACCGUACUCGUUAUAUUUUUAUUGAAUACAUUGUAUUGUAUAUACAAAUCGAAUCCAAAUAUAAUUGAAAAUAAAUAUUAUAUUGUUAUAUUAGUGUUUAUUAUCUGUUGAUAUUAUAUAUUUUUAUGUUAAUAUUUUAUAUUAUUAUUUUAAAUUGUAUUUGUCAAGCCUACAAAAUUCUAAAUAUUUAUAUACCCGUAGGAAAUUGAAUUUAUUUUCCCGGUAUUAUUCGAGUCUGCUCCAACUAUGUAUGUUUAAAAUAUUUGUUUGUGAUCAGUAUGAAUCAAUAAAUGUAUGUAAUUAAGUUUUACCAUGUUAACUCAAUGUCACCUGAGAAAAAUGUGUUCAGAUAAUCCAAUUAACAUAAUUGUUUUUUAAUAUCAAUUCAGUUUUAAUACCAAUUGCUCAAAUAAUCACCAUCUAAUCUAAUAAUAGAUAAAGUAUUAUUUUUAAAAAGAUUACAAUGAUUUGCAGUGUCCACGUUCAAAUGACAUUUACUGCAAUGAGCAAGAAAAGUGUUCGUUUACUUUGUUAUUUUUUGCCAAAAUAAUGUAAAAAGUCAGUAACAUACGUGUAAUAAGUUUUAUCUCCAAUAAAGUGUUAUUUACAUAUUUCAUUCACUAUCUAAAGUGUAAAAAAUUCAAAUCCAAAGUGCGUUCAUGAAUUAUAAAAACUAUAAUCAUAAUAACCCACGGAAAUAUGUUAAAUGAGUACAUUUCAAGAAUUCUCACCGACAAUUGUACCUGUUGUAUAAAUGAAAAAUAUACUACAAAUUUCCUUAUAUUAUUUUAUAAUUUCCAUAAAAAAAAUAUUCUCGUUUCGCAUUCAGUUUGUUACGAUUUGUUAAACAUUUCGUCAUAGUCGUAAAAUACUGACGGAUCUUUAUAUGUAAUAUUCGUCAGGUCCGUCAGUAUUCCACGACUAUGACGAUUUCCAGGUUUUAUAGAAUACAAUUUUAUCAAGAGUAAAAAAAUGCCUAAAGUAAUAAAAUUGUCAUUACAAUCUGUCUUUCUGAUUUGUUUUCGCAGUGACAAUCAUGGUUUGUUUAAUAAAAUAAUUUUUUUAAUAGUAAUUUGUAUUCCCAAAUAGAAAAAAAUUGUCUAAUUGUGAACGCAUCUUUGUUCUUCCUUAUUCAAAUAAUUACAGCAUUCAGUAAAUGUGUGAAUGUACUGUAAGUAACUUAUACUGCCUUAACGUAUGUUUGUAGUGUGUGGCGCAUUCUAUUUAUGAAUGUAAUAAUUUAGUAAAUGAGCUUUCGCUGUGGUUCGUUAUAGUCCAUCAACUUCAUUCGCAGCGCCUCAAGUGAAUGUGGGGGACUUGUGGGCGGCGAGGUAAAAUAUCUUUUAGGGCAUAAUGUAGCGGGAAUAGGAAGAGAGCGCAUUCGCCAUUCACCUGCCUUGCCUUGAAAUAAUGUAUCCCCCCCCCCCCCCUCCUCCUUCCCUCAUACUGCUAUUUGAAAGAGUGCCGUGUACAAAGUUGAUGGACUAUUGAUUUUAUUAUUUUCUUUUAAAACGAUUUCGAUUCAAAAUAAUAUUUAAUAAUAAUUGUUUUAUAAAUUGUUUUUAUCUUGAUCACAGUGAAAGUAUCUAGUACAUUCUAUAACUUGAUGUAAGGCAGUUGAUGCCUAUAUAGUGUGUCAUAUUUCUUUUAAUUUUUAUACAUAGUUUUUAACUAGAUAAUUGAAAGAAAAUAGACAUGCUAUGAAUGUGCAUUUAAUUUUUUUUUUCUCUGCGAAGAUCGUAAGCAUAAUGUAAUUGAUUGCAUAGUGGCAUGUUGGCUUUUUGGAAUGGAAAUAAAAUUUGAAUUUACAAA